GACACCUAGUCGAAUUCAUAAGUUUAACGCUGUUUGGUAAAGGAAGGCAGGCGCGCGCUCAGCGUGAAGGAGGCGUAUCAUUACUCUCAGUCAUGAGGUUCCGCUGCUCGGGAGUGUUUUUAAUCAACCGUGGGGCUACGCAGCUUUGAGAAGAAGAAAAAAAGUAGACUUCAGAGAAACGUUUCACUGCUUGGACACCCGGACCGUUGAAACGAGACUUUACCACUCAGCUCUGACGCGCGUCGAAUUAGUUCAAGAUUUUCCAUGAUCAUGUCAUGAAGCGUCUUCAGAUGUGCGCUUCGGAUUCCUGAACUGCGCGUUUGAGCGCUUGUCGUUUGACAGCGCACCGUGAUCCUUGGGGAUGAUGUGGGGACCAAACGCACAUUCCCAAUGGUAUGUCUCUUGACUCUAUCCAGGGACGUUUGUGCAGAAGUGGGAAUGCUUUUCCGUGGGAUCUGGACGCUCCGCCGGAGGUGCUGCACGGGUCCCGUUCUGCUGUUUGGGAUAGCGGUCGGGCUGUUUUACCACACUGUGACUAUGGACCGGGACAGAUCCGAGUUCAAGUCCAGUCAACGGGACCAAAGGAACAAAUCAUCGGUGUUUGAGUAUAAACAACUACUCAAGAACCCGGAGAGACUCAUAUCUCUACUAGAAGCAUCACAGACAGAUGGUUUUGUGCAUCAUUCUAAACACAGCUGUGUGGGAAAAGCCAUUAUUCUGACAGGCCGACAUGUUCCGACGGACACUGAGGUCCAGUUGUACCAGAGAGUCCUACAGCAGCAGGGUUAUCGAGUGGAUCAGGCCCGUUAUGCAGAGACCAGCGCCUCUCUCAGACAGGACAGAAGAGAUGGAAGAGACUGGUCUGUCUUGAUUUGCCUAAAGGGCUCUGAAAAAAGUUGCCUGCGAAAAAUCAACUUUGCCCAUCCGCAGCACCACCAGAGGGUUAACAUAAUACCAGCCUUUGCUGGAGCGUUUCUGGACAUGGGCGGAGUCUGCCGGUUUUUGACGGACAGCCAGUUGUCAGGAGUGACAUUACCCAUACACCCUUCAGCCUGUGCUUUUUCCACAUCUCCACAAGAGGGAACCCCAAACACUGCUGAAGAUCAACAGAGGCAGUCAAUCACACGCUCAGACAAUCAGGGCCUGAAUGCUACUGUAAGUGUAUACGUCCUGGUUACCUCUGCAACACCGCUGACCGCUUUCGUCCACCGCACAGCCUUGGUCAAAACCCACCUGGAUAAAACUAGUUAUGCUAUUGAGUUACAGGGAUUCUUUAGAGAAAGACUGGGUCUUUUGCUCUCUCAUCAAGCCAUUGAUCACAUGAAUCAUGUUAUCAGCGACAUCCUGAAAGCUGCCCUAUUAUCCACAAAGGAGAGCAGCUCUUCACCAAGGUGUAAGCUGUGUUUUCAGUUAAUGACCUUCUCAUUGCACUAUAACGCUUCUCUUCGUCCAGUGGUGGUGAAGCUUCAGACUGAUCUACACUUCGAUGGAAUGAAGGACCCUCACUUUGACGGACAGAUAGCCAAAGAGUAUAUGCUGGAGGAUGUGCUGAAACUGCUUUUCCCAGUAUGCAACAGUGCGCCCAGUUCACCUCUUAGCACCCAGGAAGAGACCCAAAAGUACGGUGACUGUGAGGGGCCAAACGGUCUGUGUCUGCCUCCAGAUGAGAUGCAUUUACUACGGCAGUUUAAUCAGCACCUCAAAAGACCAGGACCCUUCCAGCUGCUGUACCCUAUAUCUCCUCCUCCUGAUGAUCUCCACCAUGAUCUAAUCCAGGGAGAGUCCCUCAGCGCACAGGAUUGUGGAUGGAGACCAGCUCUCAUGGCCCUGCUCCAAGAACUCAGCCUUUACUACAUGAGAAGACAUCAGACUGAAAGCUUGGAUGAGCCAAAGAGCCCAGAGGCAUCAGAUUCACUGUCAAGAAAAGGCAAGUGUGUUGAUCCCCACCUGAGGCAGUUGUACACGGACCCUCCGAUGGCCCUGGUGCCGACAUUUAACGCAUGGAUGAAGGAAUAUCGAGCCGAGGUUCCAUUUGAUGUGAUGACCAUUCAUAUCCGGCCAGAACCAGUCAGCCCACACUGUCAUAUUCACCUGGACGAACAUCGUGGACCCAGAAUGGCAAACUAUCCAGUUGGCCUGGGCAACAGCAGAAUCAACAUUCUGGUGAUGGACGAAUCAGAGGCCGAGCCUGUCGUCAUGACGAUAUACACUCUGCACAUAUACCGUGAAAGCAGGCCCAGUCUGCCAAUGUUUGAUGAGUAUGUGAUGUGCAGCUUUGUGCAGGACUGUGGCCUGGUGGUCAGACCAGAUCAGCCCUGCGGUUUGGAGCCCAUUCCAGGGCCGAGAUCUUCAGGAGAGGCCCAGGUCUCGCCUCGGCCUUGCCUCUCAGGAGAUGAACCUGGUCGUUGGGUCGUCCCUUGCCUGAGCUGCUCAGAUAACAGGACUUGUGAUUGGAGAGAGGUUGCCUGGCAACCCGACAGAUGUUAUCACCCCUUGCUGGACCAACCUCAGUUGCAAACCUGCAUGAUGGACCGGAAGGUCUUGUUUAUCGGUGACUCCACCAAUCGAGGGAUGAUGUACUAUCUGAUGGAAAGGGUGAACACCACGCUGGAGGACUGGGACAAGGCCCACGACACCAUCAUCUACCACAACCUGAACCAGGGCCGAACUAUCGCCAGCUACUCCUACUACCCACAAUUCUGGCUGCCAAAGUCCCAGAGACCCACCUUCCAAAGAGCUCUGCAGCAACUUCUAGAAAGGUCACAACCCUUGGAGAACUCACCUCAGACAGUGCUGGUCGCUGGAGGGGUGCAGUGGCUGAACCUGAACCAUUUGAGGACCAUUCAACAGGUUUUACAGAGGGAGGGUCUUGAGAACAUCAUGGUGGUGGUGAAGUCUUUAGGAAUGGGUUUCCAUCUGCCUGUGGAUGGUAUUCGCUCCCUUCCACUGAAUGGAGUGCAAGAACUCUAUAAUGUGAACAAGAAUAUUCUGGAAAGUGCCAAGCAUCUUGGAUUUGAGGUCAUUGACACUCUCAGCAUCACCAUGGGUCGUUAUAAGGAGUUCCUGCAGGGACGAUGUGCCUGCCAUUUUCAUGAGGUCUAUAAGCUUCCCUUUCCAACCACUGCUUCCCAACGAAAUUUGAAGAUCUUGAAGCUUGGUGGAGAAAGUGGGAACCCAGCCAAUGAGCAAACAGGACUUCAACAGCACGAGGAUCCAUCGUCUCCACCUGACGUGUCCUACCACGUAAAGGGACCAGUGAACGCGGUGUACUCGGAGAUCUUCCUCAGCAGGAUAUGUGAGAAUCACGCCGUCAAUGGGACCAUUCGCCAACAGUGACAAAAAGACAUUUAGCGGCUGGUGACGCUAACCUGUGCUUGUUGUUCAGGUGUGUGUGUGAGUCUGUAUGAGCUGUGAAUAUAUAUAUGUGUGUGUGUGUGUGUGCUCAAUGUGUUGAGAAAGGGCUAAACUGUGCACACCGAUUGGUCUAAAUCUACUAAACCAUAUGCUGUAUCAAAGUGGUAAAUUGGAGGGCGAGUUAGGUAGGUGUCUGUUUGCGCAUGUGUGUUUCUGUGUAGAGCGAUCCAGAUGGAAAAGGGGUGUGGAGGGUUCAAUGAGACCCCCUGAAGCCCUGUCAAAAUGACUUUGGCAGCUGUGGCUUAAGGGCAGGCAGUGACUGCAGUGCGACGCUGAUGAAAAAUCUGUGAGACGGUCUUGCGGCACCUUCAAACAGCCUUUCAAAAACGUUCCUACAACGCUCAUGCAACAUUCCCACAAUGCUGCUACUGCUGAACCAUGGGCUGAAAUGUUCCCAAUAGGUUUUGGGAACGUUUUGCAGCUGCUAUGGAGUGCCUUUGAUGUCACCCUGCCUCACAUUUUCACUUUUAUGGAAGCUCGGGCAAUGUUUUGAAGUCCAGCUUUACACCCCCUUUCCUUGACAUGCCAGGUUCAUCAAGUAUUUAUGAAGUAUGUUCUAUGCCAAAGGUCUUAUGAAGUAUAUUUUAUGUUUUAGUAUUACUGUCUUAUGUUCCUCACAUAUAUUUCUACAUUUAUUUUUCUACCAGUGUUUUCUAGUGCCUUUAAUAAUAAUCUGUGUAAAAUGUUAUAAAUGCUAUUUACAAAAAAAGAGUUUAUUUAUACUUUUUUGAUGGUAAGAAU